AUGGCAGCCUCCGUAGCUGCAACAACACAAGCUGCAAGGCAGAUGUUGAAAAUGAUGAUGUUGGCCAACCGAUUCGACAGUGUUACAAACAAAGUGAAUCUUAUCUCUGCCAGUGCAGGUCAAUGUCGUUGUGAGAUGACCGUAGAGGCGGAGCAAACCAACAUGAUGGGUACUCUACAUGGUGGCUUUAUUGCAACGCUAGUAGAUUCACUCACUACAGUCGCUAUCAUGACUACACCAGUUGGUGUGCCAGGAGUCAGUGUGGAUCUCAGUGUCAGUUAUCUUAAAGCUGCCAAGAUUGGGGAAAAAAUCACCAUGGAUGCCGAGGUCACCAAAGUUGGGAAAACUCUAGCCUUCACGACGGCCAGCCUCAUCAAUGCAAACGGUGAUAUUGUUGCUCAGGGAAAACACAUCAAACAUAUUGCAGGAAAGAGACUGUUGCUUGGCGAAGAAAGUAGUUGAUUCAGGUAGAUUUCAGUUUCAUGUAGCAUGGCAGGGUAGAGUCAGCACAGGCGCCCAAAUGUUGCAGAUUAACUUUUUGUGGAAGGGGGGAAUUAUAAUGCUUACCAGCCAAGGUGUAGAAAAUUAACCUAUUGAGAAAAACUGUGCUAUGGUUGAAAUGUGAGGCCAUGAACAAUUGCAUGAUCUAAUUUUCAGGAUAAACCACAUUUGGCGCUGGUACCAGUUUCAAAGGGCUGUUAUAUUGGAUUUUGUUGUGAAAUAUAUUUUUAAAUUUGGUUUAAGAUGGAUUUUGGUAAUACAUGUGAGGUUUCUAAAAUAUAUAACUACCUCAAACUUGUUCAUGAUAAAGACUGGUCCAUUCACCAUCACAUGCCAGGUGGUAUUUUUGGUGUUUUAACAAGAUUUCUCCUCAGUAUUCACGCACAGGGUAAAUACACAUGUGUUGUGGACUGUCAGCGUACAACAGUCUACUAAGCAUACACUAAGAAAGUAA